GCCGAGGGCGCGGCCGAGGGCGCCGCGGCGGCGCGGCCGCCCGCGGCGCGGAGGCUGCAGCUGCCAGAGGAGGCGCUGGUCGAGGGCGGCACCGACGCGUGGCAGUACAUGCACGCGCAGUAUCGGUUCGACCUCUUCCGCCAGAGCAUGCGCAGGGAUGGGAAGGGCGAGGCCUGGCUGUCCUUCGAGAGCGGUCUCCCCUUCAUCACCCUGAAGGGCUCCGCACAGUCCCCGCGGUUCGGCAACGGGUCCAUCGCGAUCUCCUUGGACACGGAGAAGCAGGUGAUGUACACCAGGACGACGUUGGAGAAUCUUCACGAAGCCGAGUGCGUGAAGUAUUUGUUCCCGAAGCCCAGCGACAACGAGGCGCGGAUGAAGGUGCUCCGCGCCCGGCGGAAGCAGGUCUCGGACUGGGAGCGCCAGUGGGAGGAAGGAGGCCAGACCACCGGGGCGACAAUCCAGUGGACGAAGUCGUACGAGCUCGACUUCGUCAUGGACGGAGACCAGGUGCAGGCGUUCUCGCUGAGCCGCGCGGCGGGGGGCAACGGCGAGCGGGUCGUCGUGAAGCAGGUGCGGCUGGAGACGGCCGAGACGGCCGCCACCGUGCCCGACGACGCCCGAGGCAACUUCGCCGACCCCCACGGCACGUGCCGGCUGGAGGAGAAGGUGAAGCACCCGCUGGCGCACGUGGAGCUGGUGGCGCCGCACCAGAAGUCUUCGGCGCUCAACGACCUGCUCCUCGUCCUCGCCGCCGUCGCCGAGCAGGGCCACCCGGUUUGCCGCUCGGGCUGCGGCGAGGAGGAUUGGUCUGCGUUGUUCGUCACGCUGUCCAUGAUCACGGUGCCGGGCGACAUCUCGGUGAUGAUCGAGGAGCCGAGUCUCGAGGUGUUGGAGGCGCUGGGCAGCCUGUCGUUUGACUACACCGCGACGGUGUUCAACCAGGGGGAGCAGCGCACCAGCGACGGGUCCGUGCGGCUGAAUUUCACGGGGCCACACGGGCGCGCCUUCCGCAUGCGCGGCGAGGCGAACCACACAAAGGUUGGCCCGUUGACUCUGGAUGUGAUAGCCCGGGGCCCGAGCGGACACAUCUACGCCAACGUCGAUUUGUCCCUGCAGCAUGCGCACCAGUGCGUGCAGUACGACUACCCCGUGCUCACGGAGUCGAGCCAAGAGAUGCUCCAGGACUUGGCCACGCGGCCACUUAACUUCUUUACCAUAGCAGAGCUGGACGGAGAGGACUGUGGCAUCUUCGUCGCGCAGCUGGCGCGCGGGGACUGGAUUCACCUCUGGGUUGACAUGGAGGCCGAGAGGCCGCACAGCGUGCUGCGGUCCGAAGUCCACCGCGAGGGCAGCCUGCUGCGGCGCACGGAGGUGCUGCGUUGGCACACCGACGACGUGGAGUUCACAACCGUGCCCCCCAAGGAGUGGGCGUGCACGGAGAACCCCGAGGCUUCCAGUGGGGAGACGCAGUUGGCGCACUUGGGCUUGCGGCAGGUGCACAAGAAGUCGAUACAGCUACAGGACACCCUGUACGCGCUUCGCAAUCUGAGCCGUGGCUUCGCCAUCCUGGAAGUGCUAGGGCUUCCGGGAGACGUGGCCAUCAUGGUGGAGGAGCCCACGGUGUCCGACUCCGCAGAGUGGCGACGAGUCGCGUUCGAGUACAGCGCAGCGCUCUCGCAGCACAGCGGCGGCGACCCCAGCACAGAGGUGCCGGCCACCUACUCCUUCGACGGUAGUUUCGCUGCGGAUGUGGAGGCUGGCAAGUUCUGGAUCAACUUGCACUCUCCAGACUUGGAUCCCUCGGCUCCGAACGUCUCCGUCUUGGUUGAGCCAGGCAUGCUCUCGGUGCAUAUGCAGGACGCCACAGACAGCAGGUGCCUGAGAUUCCAGGUGCCGAACGAAAACCUGGCGUCUCCUUGGAGCGCUCCGAUUUUCGCCUCCGUGGAAGACUUGGGGCAGAUGGCUUGCAACCGCUUUCUGAUCCGAAGCGUCACUGGCGGCACGGACGUGGACUUCUGGUACUCGAAGGAGAGCAGGAGUGUCUGCCAGAUGGGCGUGCUAUCGACCCAAAGCGGCCAGGCCGAUAUCGGCGCUGUCUUCACGGUCACCAAGUGGCACCGGUCAGAGCCGUCCGAACGGUUGCCGGCGUCGCGGUGGGAAGUUCCCAAGGAUUGGAAUUGUCAGGACGCAGGGCAAUCAGGGAGCGAUUGGGCGCUGAUCACGCCGCAGCAGGACGUUCCCAGAGAGGGCGCACCAGCUGACAGGCGCGGCCCCGUGGAGGCGUUGCUGCCCGCGGGCUCGGCCAUCUCCACGCUGGCCCUGGCGUGCGGGGCGGUGGGCGCGCUGCCGACGGCAGCGGCAGCUGCGCUGUCCAGGCUGGCCAUCCGCCCGCCGCAGGGGGGCACCGCGGGGCGGCCCGAGCCCGCUGCACCGCCGAAGGGCGUCUUCGACCAGGACUUGGCGCACUUCUCCUUCUCCUUCGCCACGUCGACAUCGGGGGUGGAAGGUGCCUCGUCUGAGGGCCGCGUCUUCGUGGACCUGGCCAGGCGGCGGCUCCUGGUCCUCGGGCACGCCAGCAUGCCGUCGGCGGGUAUGGACAAGGUGGUCAGCUUCUUCGACUACCAGGGUGACAAUGGCUGGGCCUACACCAUGAACCAGGGCAAGGGUUUCGACAUCUGCUUCUCCCUGAGGGUCACCAGGAGCGCCUUCAAGCUCGACAACCCGUUCGCCCUCCGCUUCAGCGAGGGCGGUUGCGUCGAGCACGGCACGCCAAAGGGAGCCCGGCGAUGUACGACGUCGCUCGGGAGCGCGAAGGCGGAUCCUACAGACAAGGUCGUAGACAUCCUCAUUUCGGACAGCCAGGCCCUGAUGGGCGUGACUUUCAAGAACUUGGGAAAGGGAAUCACCUCGCAGCUGACGAUCACCGGCUGGUCUACCGAGCCCGCAGACGAGCGGAUCACGGCCGCCCCGCCCCGUCCUCUUUGACAGACCAGCGUUGGUUCAAAUGUUGCACACGGUGAAGAGAUGGCUCGUCCAUAGAAGGAGAUCAAACAUAUGGCAAGUGUCAAAGUUGGCAUGAUGGUUCCCGACCUUAGCUUCAUGUACGUCUAAAGAUCACUGACGUGGCUCUUUCGGCUGUAGGCCCUCACUUCUGUACCUCAAGUUGGACUCAAUUGCGUGGGACGACUCGCUUACAAGGAUAAUGUUUAGUCAGUUGCUUCGUUCCAGUCGCAUUGGCCUCGCCCCUUACUCCUGAGCCUGCCGUGGGUGCGCUCCUGGGCUGCACUUGCCCCUUCUGUGACUGGCUUCCCUUGUCUCGGGGAUGGACAGAACCCCCA